AAUAUCUAUCUGGAUUCAAAGUGCGUUUGUCAACAUAAAACUAUUAAUUAUGUGUUUAUCUUUCAUCUGAGCCUUCCAGGUUAGUGCAAAGGGUCGGGUGAGGACUAGAUUCGCAGAGGUGUGGAGUGCGUGGAUGCCACAGUGAUCCACUAGACUGACGUCUCUCCGGUAGCGCAGAAGAACACCGCAGCCCGGUUAUUUCGCAGACUUCAGUACAGCCAAGCAGUCGACAGUCUCUCCCCGCACAGAGAGACACACGGAGAGAGAGCGAGCGAGAGAGAGCUCGAGAGAGAAAGACGGAGGGAAAAAAGGGGAAAAAACAGAACUUCAGCAACGACAAGCUGUAGUUUUCCAGCAUGUUCAACCUUCGGAAAUCUCCGUUUAAACAAUCUCGCCCAGCGACUGUUUGAUUUUGCAGCCGGGUUGGCUAUUUUAUUUGGAAAGAUUCGUAUUUUUGCCUCCUUCGGCUGAUGUAAAGAAAGAAAAAAAAGAAGCAGCAGCAGCAGAAGAAGAAUCAAUCUAUAUUGGAAUGAUGUGGACCUCUCAUGACACUGUUGGAUUUGUUUUCUUAGCCGGAUUUUGUGUUCAAUUCGGAUUCUCCUUUGAAGGUCGCUUCACGGAUCUGCCCUCGAACAUGACGGUUAAAGAGGGACAAAACAUAGAAAUGGCGUGCGCUUUCCAGAGCGGAACCGCGUCUGUCUAUUUGGAGAUCCAGUGGUGGUUCGUGAAAGCGCCGGAGCCCACUGACAGCGAGGAGGACGUCGAUGCCCAAGAGAUGCAGAUGAUACCAGAGCCCGAUCCUGACGAUGAAGGGACAAAAAUAAGUACAGUGAAAGUCCAGGGCAACGACAUCUCGCACAAACUGCAGAUCUCCAGAGUCGGCAAGAGCGAUGAGGGACUGUACGAGUGCAGGGUGACGCGAGCCAACUACGGGGAGAUUGUGGAGUACAAAGCCCAAGCCUGGCUGAAGGUCAAUGCCACUGCCAGGCCCCGGCGACCACCACAGCCUCCCAAGAAGAGCUCCCCGCUGCACCUGACAGACAAGAAGCCGAGAAAGUCCAGCUCCUCUCUGGGCCAGGACAGCAUGAGUUCAGACCAGAGGGUGGCCUCGACCUCCACCUCUCACACAUCAUCCAAUACAGAUAAACACAACCCCGGCUCAGGUACAAGAAUAUCGUGCAGCUAUGGACUGGCUGUCCUCCUUCUGGCGUGUGCUGUGGUGAGAGAUGCCUUGUUAUAAUUCCAGGAACUGACGUGGAUUGCACCCAGAUCUCGCCCUCUCUUUCUCCCGGUUUGCUGUCGAGGCGAACGCGAAAAAAUUGCCUGUUUUACUCCCCAUCCCUCCAGCCCGCCCACCGCUCACCUCCUGCUCCCCUCUCCUCCACUGCCACCUCUUCCUCCUCCUCCUCCUCCUCCUCCUCCUCCUCCUCCUCCUCCUCCUCCCCCCCUCCAUGCAGACAGCACAGUCGGCCAUCUCAUUUCCCAGCCACUACCGCCCUUGCACCCAGCACACUGUUAUUAGCCACUGUCAGCACCGGUCACAUUCAAAGCGGUCAGAUUACCUUUUUUGUACAGACGUCAACUCGACACCAUCCCAGGUGUGAAAACUGGACUCUGUAUCUUGUUGGACGUCACGGAAGAAUGACUUUCUUAUGGUUUCGCCGUUCCAGUUUAUGUGUUCAUUGCUCAAAAGUGAACAAGAAAAAAAGAGGAGAAUCUAUAUUUGUGUAAUAUAUAAGAUCCUAGAUAUAUAUCUGUUUUAUUUGAAGCACCUAGACUAACUGUAUGUGCUGUAUACAUAGCUGCCACCUCCCAUACUGGCCAUGGAACUUCAUUGUGAAUAGGUACUAUAGCCCUCUGAAAAAGAAGAGUGAAAUGCAUAUGUUCAUUUAGACUGUUAAAAGUGAACAACCAGGUUAGAAAGGUUAAAAAUUCAUCAUUUUGUGUUCUUAUUAUUUUUCUGUUAGUUGUAUUGGCCACGCAAAUUUCCAAUUAUCGUCAUUUUUUUAACACUUUGUCAGUCAAACAUACGGAUGUGCAUGCUUAUUGGUCUGAAGGCUUAAAAGAAAGGAAAAUGCAUUACAACAUUAUGAGUCAACAUUUUGGAGUUCAGUGUUACAACAUGUUGAAUUUAGCUUUAUUUUAAUGUGCUAGCUUCAGUGUGGAAAAAAAAAGAAACAAACGAGCAAAAAACCACAAAAAAACAAAUUGUCCCUUUGUCAUUUUAAUUUGUAUUGCAUCCUCAGUAGGAAUAAAACAAAACAAAACAAACAAAAAAAAAAAAAAAAAACAGGACGCUACAAUUUAUGACUCAUUUUGAAGAUUCUGAUAUGUGACCGACGGUCAUCACUUUUUAAUGGACAUGCUUCAGUUGCUGUGCACCUCCCUGGUAUGUGUCAUCAUUAUAGGAGAUGCUGAGCGUUUACGCUCGCUGGAUGACGAGUAGAGUCUGUAUUAUGUUGUUCUCUAAAACACGCACAUUUGCACAUUUACACAUUUACAGAUAGACAUGUGAUUCAGUUAAAGAGGGUGGACUCAACGUAUGUAUGUAUGUAUAUAUGUAUACACACAUAUAAACAUACAUACAUAUACAGUAUAUAUGCCCCAUGUUUGGAGAGAUAUGCUCCUUCUCAGAUCUCAUAGUAAUAUUUUUUUAGCCUUGUUUUCAGAUGAUAUAUUGUAGAGAUUUUUAUUCACGCCGAGCAUUUAUGAGCAAAACGCUUUGACAAUCUGACACAAACACGGGGCGGAGGAGAAGGCCGGUCCCACCGUGGACACACACCCUCUGUGGUUAGGUCAUCAGCGUCUUUUGUUGUUGUUUACUUUUGAGCCGUAGGGUAAACUGCACACCGUCCAUCAGAUUAAGCAGACGUUCCACGUCAAACUUAAAUAUUUAUGAAUAAAACCGAGCAGCGGAUUUACGUCUCGGGAGAAAUAAAAAGACGCUGUAAGUGAAUGUUACCCACCGUGAAUAUCAUGCCCUGCAAUGAGAUCAGUGCUUUCUUUUUACAGACACUGGCUCAGUUUGAGGGAGGUGGUUAAUCGUGAAGCAUGAUUAUUUACUUCUUCAUUUGUCCUGUGGUAUAAUCUAACAUUCACACAUGCUGCAACAUACAGGUGUAAUUUGCAAUAAUUACCGUGCGUUUUCUAAAAACAAAAGUGCUCGCCUCACUUGGAGCUUUUAUUCCGCUUUGCAGACAAAGCAGCCCCCCCCUCCCACACACACACACACACACACACACACACACACACACACACACACACACACACACACAUACACACCUCCCUGUAAAGUUGUACUGCAUUCCCUAAGAAUGGUGGAGUGAAAGUCGUUGAGGCUCAGAGGAUGACAGAGCGUGUGAUGGGAUGAGACCAGAGACAUCUCCUGGUCUACAGGGUCCAGGCAGAUUUAUGGUGUGAUGGAGGGUAUCCAUGUCCAAAUAGCUCCAUUGUGUCUCUGGACAGUUGAUCUAAUUUCAGUGUCACAUACAGUACAUACCACUCUGCUGUGAUGGGGGUGGCUGACUGUUUUUGGAAUGAGACAUGCUGUGUAAUAUAAGUCCGUUUGCAGGGGGGGAAGAGUCCAUCUUAUUUUUAAAAAAAAACGAAAAAAAAUCUAUUGAGAAUGAGAUUUGGUUACCGAUUAAGUGCGACCAAGCACUUUCUUUUUUCCUUUUUUUUUCUUGAGCGAGUGUGCACAGUCUGGAGUGGACACUUGGUCCCGAUCCUCAUGUAAAAAGCAACAGAUCUGUACAACUUGUAAAUGAAAUAAUCAGCAUGUUAACAUUUUCUUUUUUCUAAAAAAAAAAAAAAAAAAGAGUCCACCUAAAAAGGCAGAGGCCAGUGAUGUUCUGUACUUGUAACAAUGGUGUCAUGUAUUCAUAUUCAAGUGUUAACAAGUCCAAAGUGGGUUUUCAUCUCAUCAAAAUGAACUUGGGUAAAAUGUAUUUGACAAAAAAAGGAAAAAUCUCUCUCUCCAUAUAUAUAUAUAUAUAUUAAAAACAUGUCUUUAAUAAAGCUUUCAUCUGAAUCUAAGGGACUCGCUUGAUCGUAGGUCCUUGUAAUGUACUGAAUAACAAAGAAGGAGAGAUUGGAGCAAUGACUGAUAUGAUAUUGUGAUCAGAAUGAUGAAAAAAUGACACUUAGUUUGGGUUUUGACGGAGGCUGAAAUUGUUCCAAUGCAAUGUGGCCUCUGUUACCAAAGAGGAGAACAGUUCGAUGGCUUGAGGAGGAGUUCCUUCAUCCAGGGAUUUGAGAAACACCACACAGCCAUUAUUAUUUUUUUCUUCCCGUUCCGUUUUAUAUGCCACGCUACUCAUCCACUCUAGAUGUAUUUGUUUCUUCUAAUGUAUUUCAUUUCAAUGCAGUCCUGUCUGUUUGUUGAGCUGUCAAAAAUUCUGAUGAAUUCUGAUUUUCUUUUUCUUUGGUAUUGUGUGAGGCUUCUGUACUGGAACAUUGCAACAGUUUGUAUUAUAAUGACGAUAUCAGAAUAAUAUUUAAAUAAACCAUUUUCACAGAUGAAAUUCAAA